UCCUCCCCUUCUUUCUUCUCGGCGGAGGCGAACGAGGAACCCUAGCCGCGUGAGGAAGGAUCGCCCAGAUCCGCAAGGUACGCCCACCGAAAUCCCUACGGCUGCAACCAGAUCGAGGCCGGCGAUGAUGGCGGCGGUUCGGUGCGCGGCGAGGAGGCUCGGUGGCUCCCUGCUCCAGCGAGUGCAGGCAGAGGAGCGACGCAGGCUCGUCCCAAGCAGGGUCAUGCGCUCCCGCCAGCUCUCCACCGAGGAAGCGCGUGAGAUCCAGCAGAAGAAGGAGGCACUGUAUGAUGCCGUGUCUAAGGCGGAGCUGAAGAACAAGGAGCUUUAUGAUGCCUUAUCUAAGGCGGGGCUGAGCACUGACCAGCUGCAUCUUCCUGUACAAGGCAUUCCAGAGCAAAAUGCCUAUCAGCGCAUUCUGAUGUAUGCAAGAAGAGCUCAGGGUGUGGUAGAGUUAGCUGCCAAGACGACAUUUUGCGUGGUACUUACUGCUGCUGUUGUUGAUGUCAACCUCAACAAGAGGGCACUGGCUAACUUAAAGGACUGCAGUGAAGACAAUGUCACAAAUUAACAACCGAUCAAAGAUGGCCAGCUCGUGUUUUCAGCUUCUAAUUUAUGGCCUGGAGUUUGACUAUCUAGCACCUAUGUGGUGGUGACGUCGUUUGUUCCGUUGAGUAGAUUGCAUGCAAACAAACAUUACAUAGCUGGUUGUAUGUUGUUGCUCGCAUGCAUCGUUGUUGGUGUUACCGACUUAAUUUAUUAGAGGAUCCUCGUCUUAGAAGGCUCAUUUUCUAAGCAAAUUGUGUGACCGCCCUUUUGCGAUCCAUUCAGUGUGUGACACCCCAUGUUUUUGUGA